GUGCCGACUCCUGACCCAGGUGGGCUUUUGGAAGAAAUUGCAGGGCGUUUAAAUGCGCAUCACAGGGCUGCAUGGUGGUCGGUGGCAUCAAAAUGGCAGCCCAGCUGGUGGUCCUGUGCUGUUUAGCUUGUUUGCUCUUUUCAGCUAAUGCAAUCAAGCCCAGGUUCUUUGAACCCAGAAUCUUUGACAAGGAGGCCACAGGUUUUGGGCCCAUAUUUGAGGAGGAGCCCUUAGACACAGUAUACGCUGAGGAUUCACCUGAAGCCAAAAUCUCCAUGAACUGCAGAGUCCGGGCCAACCCACCAGCCACUAUUAAAUGGUGGCAUAAUAACUGGGAGAUUAAGCUGUUGGAGCAGCCAGAUGAACACCACAGUUUAGUAGGUGGAAACCUGGUCAUCACCAACCCAGACAAAAGCAAGCAUGCUGGAAAAUAUGUGUGUGUGGCAAAGAAUGUUUACGGCGUGGUCAUCAGCAAAGAAGCUGUUGUUCGAUUUGGAUAUCUUAACCAGUUUCCUACUGAUGAGAGAGAGCCUGUGACUGUUAAAGAGGGACAGGGGGCUGUUCUUCUGUGUAAUCCACCCUCUCGCUAUCCAACUGAGGUGAUGUAUCGAUGGAUCUACAAUGAUUUUCCCAACUUUAUCAUUCCUGAUCAACGACGCUUUGUGUCACAGACCACAGGGAAUCUCUAUAUUUCUAAAGUAGAGGUCUCUGACAUUGGCAACUACUCAUGCUUUGUGUCGAGCCCUUUAAUUGGCAAAAGUGUAUUCAGCACACCCAUUGCCCUGGAGCCAGAGAUAGAGAAGGAAGUGAAGCGAUAUCCUGCAGACAUCCAGGUCAAAUUUCCUAAGACGUAUGCCCUAGUGGGACAAAACAUCACACUGGAGUGUUUUGCUCUGGGAAACCCUCUCCCACACAUCCGCUGGAGAAAGCUGGAUGCGGAUCUCCCACCCAACUAUGAGGUUAGCAUGAAUGGUGCGCUGCUGCACCUCAUUAAUGUGCAGUAUGAAGAUGAGGGCAGCUAUGAAUGUGAGGCCCUUAACAUCAAAGGCAUGGAUUGGUACCGCCAGUGGCUCUAUGUUGAAGGUGCUCCAGAGUGGGCAGAGCAUAUUAAUGACACAGAAAAAGAUGUUGGCAGUGAGCUUACUCUGUCCUGCACUGCUGUAGGCAAGCCAUUGCCAUGGAUCCGCUGGUUAAAGGAUGGCUAUUCGUAUGGAAAAGGGGAACUGAAGUUUUCCAGUCUCACAUUUGAAGACUCAGGCAUGUAUCAGUGUGUUGCUGAAAACAACUGGGGAACCAUCUACGCUAAUGCAGAGCUGCGUGUCGUCUCUUGUGCACCUACAUUUAUAUACAACCCAGUGAAACCAGUCCUGCUAGGGGCUGAGAAUGGCCGCGUGGUCAUUGAGUGUAAACCACGAGCAGCUCCAAAACCCAGGUUCAUUUGGAAACGUGGCUCUGAACUGCUUUCCAACAACUCCCGUAUGUUUGUCUGGGAUGAUGGCAGUCUAGAGAUUUUAAAUGUGACGAAGAGUGAUGAAGGUUUAUACACAUGUUAUGCUGAAAAUGAUCGUGGAAAGGCCAACAGCACAGGGACCCUUAGUAUCACUGAGGCGACUAAAAUCACAACAGGUCCAUCAGAUGUGGAGCUGUUGGUGGGUGAGAGUACUGUUCUUAAGUGCUCUGCCUCCUAUGACACCAGCUUGGAUAUUAUAUUCAUCUGGUCAGUGGACUCAAACGUCAUUAACUUUGCCACCGACUUUGAGCACUAUGAGCAGUUGUUGGAUCAGGAGAACAGUGGAGACCUGAUGAUUAAAAAUAUUCAGGUUGGACAUGCAGGGCACUACACUUGCACAGCACAGAGCAUUGUUGACAACACCACUGCAGCUGCUGAGGUUGUUGUAAAAGGUAGGCCUGGUCCUCCUGGUGGGGUGCGUGUGGAGGAGAUCAGAGACACAUCAGUAAAGCUAGUAUGGAGUCUGGGCUCAGAUCAUGGCAACACACUUAUCCAACACAUUAUACAGACACGAGACUUUUACGCUUUAGACCCAGAGGACUGGAAGACUGCAGAUACAUCUCCUGCAUUCUUGGAUGGGAAAGCUGAGGCAGCAGAGGUUAUUGACUUGUAUCCUUGGAUGGAGUAUCAGUUUCGUGUAUAUGCCAUAAAUGAGGUGGGAGCAGGAGAGAGCAGUGUGCCCUCCAUCAAAAUCAAAACCUGGGAUGCUAUUCCUACCAUGUCUCCAACUGAUGUGGAUGGCUUUGUGGGCAUGAAUGGCGAGCUUAUAAUCAGUUGGACACCCAUGAAGCCCCAGUACUUUUUUGGUAAAAGGUUUGGCUAUGUGGUUGCAUUUAAAGCUCACGAGGAUUUCAACUGGAAAUGGUCAACGGUGGCCGACCAUGAGGCCAGACGCUAUGUCUACAGGGACAGCAUUAUUCCCAACACUGAGAUUCAGGUCAAAGUAAAAGGCUACAACACUAAGGGAGAGGGCCCAUACAGCCUCAUCAAAGUGGUUUACUCAUCUGAAAGUGCUCCCACAGAGGCACCGCUUGACGUUUAUGCACGUCAGGUUACCUCCACUGAGGCUCUAGUGUGGUGGCUGCCAGUUUAUCAGGUUCCUCCUCACUGGGUGGAUGGCUACCAGAUCCGGUACUGGAGAAAAUAUGACGACAACGAGGCAGCAGCCUCUCGUGUUCUGGUGCACAGUUCAGUUAACCAAACCCGGCUGGAGAACAUGCGACCCGACUCACACUAUCUCAUUGAAGUGCGCGCUUACAAUGGAGCUGGACUUGGACCACCUAGUGAGCACUGUGAGAUGUUCACCAGAAGACCACCUCCAAAUCGUCGUCUGAGAGUGUACAAAUAUGUCAGCUUCACACGUAAAUGGCUGUAUAUCUACUGGGAUCACAUCUACAACUACUGGAAUGAGUCUUAUGUGGAGGGGUACAAGAUCUUGUUUAGGAAAGAAGGGGAGCGCUAUGGGAAAUUAUACACCACUGGCAGGCACUACAUUGACUUCCCCAUGCCUGAGACAGGAGAUUAUUUAGUAGAGAUACGGGCUCGCUGCGAGGGAGGAGAUGGGCCGAUUUCACAGAUACGAGUGCAAGGUGGAGCUGUACUGAGCUCUCAGUCUCUCUGUGCUGUGUCUCUGCUGCUGCUGGUGUUGGUCUACAUGAAUCUGGACCUUUAAGGAGGACCUGCUCACUUUCUGGUCAAAAGAAGAUUUCGAACCUUACUCUAAUUACUCCCUUUGUCUAUGGAGGUAGAGUGGGCGAAGCAAACUGCUGCUUUUCUUGCUGUGCUACCAGCUGGCAGACAGGACGAGGUUUCCUGUUAAAAAAAAAAGAAAAAGGGGGUGGGAAACUGAACACCAGAACUGCAAAUCUAGGUGACCUCACCUUAUGAGAUGAGAAAAGCAACAAAACAUCAAAUCAAAACAUGCCUGAGCAAAAGCACUGAAGAAAUCUGAUCCACUGUACAUAGAGUAAUAAAAGGAACCAAGGCUUUCUGAA